UGGAUGCAUGCCAUGGCUCCCGGCAAAUGCUCCCACUCCCCACACUCUCGUCUUCAGCGCCCCUUCUCCCGCGGUCAAACACUCCCUCUCUUCCCUUUCACCACUAACCUCUCGAUCGCCUCUCUAUCGCCCCUACCUCACUGCUCCCUCCCUCUCUAGAUCGAGAUGGACAUGGCUGGGCUGCUCGCGCUUCUCGUCGCGGCAGGGGCCGCGGUUGCGGCGGACGCCAAGCCGUACAGCCCGGCGGACUCCAUCCUGCUCAACUGCGGCUCCACGGCGGACGGCCUUGACGCGGACGGGCGCAAGUGGCUGGCGGACACCAACAACAACAUGUGGCUGGGCGACUCCGGCAAGUCGUCCCUGAUGGCGGCGGCGGACGAGCUGGACUCGUCGCUGCCGUCGACGAUCCCCUACAUGACGGCGCGCGUCUUCACGGUGGACACGGUGUACAACUUCACGGUGAACCCCAAGGACCGGCACUGGCUCCGCCUCCACUUCUACCCGUCCUCCUACAACGGGAUCGCGCCCGAGGACUUCCGCUUCUCCGUCUCCACCUCCACCGGCCUCACCCUCCUCCACAACUUCAGCGUCUGGGUCACCACCAAGGCGCUCACCCAGGCCUACAUCGUCCGGGAGUUCUCGCUCCCGCGGACGCCCGCGGGGUUCAUCGCCGUCACCUUCACCCCCACGCCCAUGCCCAACGUCACCUACGCCUACAUCAACGGCCUGGAGCUCAUCUCCAUGCCCGACAUCUUCGAGGACCCCGCCAUCAUGGUGGGCUUCGCCGACCAGACCGUCGACAUCGCCACCUCCUCCUUCCAGACCAUGUACCGCUUCAACAUCGGCGGCGGUUACAUCCCGCCGUCCAACGACUCCGGCCUCGCCCGCUCCUGGUUCGACGACACGCCCUACGUCUUCGGCGUCAUGCAGGGGAUCAGCUACACGGCCGGCCCCCGGUUCCACGUCAAGUACCCCACCGAGGCGUCCGAGUACGCCGCCCCCGUCGAGGUCUACCUCGGCACCCGCUCCAUGGGCUCCGACCCGCGCGUCAACCAGAACUACAACCUCACCUGGACCAUGGAGGUGGACGGCAACUUCACCUACGUCGUCCGCCUCCACUUCUGCGAGCUCCUGCUCAACAGGCCCAACCAGCGCGCCUUCGACAUCUACAUCAACAACAAGACGGCGCAGUCGGACGCCGACGUCAUCGAGAUGACGUCCGAGCGUGGCGUGCCGGUGUACAAGGACUUCGCCGUGCACAUGGCCGACGACCCCGGGGAUGAGGUCAUGUGGGUGGCCAUGCACCCGUCCGUGGCGCUCAGGCCCCAGUUCUACGACGCCAUCCUCAACGGCCUCGAGGUCUUCAAGCUCAACGACACCGCCGGCAACCUGGCCGCGCCGGAUCCCGUGCCGUCCAAGAUGCUCGCGGAGGCGGAGCUGGGUAACAGUGAGAAGGACAGGUCCAAGAAAUCCAAGGACCAGGCAAACCUUGCGACGGUGAUAGGUGGCACGGCGGGCGGCGCCGCUGCGGUGGGGAUCGUCGCGGCCAUCUGCGUGGUGGUCUACCACAACAAGAAGAACAGGGAGCUCACCGGCAGCGACUCGCACAACUCCGGCUGGCUGCCGAUGUACCACUCUACAACCAGCGGCAAGUCGUCCGGCCACCUCGCGGCGAACCUGGCGGGCAUGUGCCGCCACUUCUCCAUCGCGGAGAUAAAGACGGCGACCAAGAACUUCAGCGAGUCGCUGGUGAUCGGCGUGGGCGGGUUCGGGAAGGUGUACCGAGGCGUGGUGGACGGCGACACCAAGGUGGCAAUCAAGCGGUCGAACCCGUCGUCGGAGCAGGGCGCGCUGGAGUUCCAGACGGAGAUCGAGAUGCUGUCCAAGCUGCGGCACCGGCACCUCGUCUCCCUCAUCGGCUUCUGCGAGGAGAGCAACGAGAUGGUCCUCGUCUACGACUACAUGGAGCACGGCACGCUGCGGGAGCACCUCUACAACAAGGGCAGCAACCCGCCGCUGUCGUGGCGGCACCGCCUCGACAUCUGCAUCGGCGCCGCGCGUGGUUUGCACUACCUCCACACGGGCGCCAAGUACACCAUCAUCCACCGCGACGUCAAGACCACCAACAUCCUCGUGGACGAGAACUGGGUCGCCAAGGUCUCCGACUUCGGCCUCUCCAAGUCCGGCUCGUCCACGGUGAACCAGGCGCACGUCAGCACCAUGGUCAAGGGGAGCUUCGGAUACCUCGACCCGGAGUACUUCCGGCGGCAGCAGCUCACCGACAAGUCAGACGUCUACUCCUUCGGCGUCGUGCUGUUCGAGGUGCUCAUGGCGCGGCCGGCGCUGAGCCCGCAGCUGCCGCGGGAGCAGGUCAGCCUCGCCGACUAUGCGCUCAGCUGCCAGCGGAAGGGCACCCUGCGGGACGUCGUCGACCCGACCAUCAAGGACCAGAUCGCGCCAGAGUGCCUCAUCAAGUUCGCCGAGACGGCGGAGAAGUGCCUAGCCGACCAAGGCUUGGAGCGGCCGUCCAUGGGCGACGUGCUGUGGAACCUCGAGUUCGCGAUGCAGCUGCAGGACGCGUUCGACGGCGCCAGCGGGCGACGGCAGGCCCAAGACGACGGGAGCGGCAGUGGGCGCCCGGUGCUCGAGCCCAGCAACAGCUAUGGGAGCACCGCCAGCGUAACGACGAUCGGGACGUCGUCCACGUCCAGGGCGCACGACGCUUGCGUCGUAAUCGAGGAGGACGACGACGACAUAACCAAUCGCGCGGCCUUCUCGCAGCUCGUGCAACCCACCGGGCGGUGACACGAGCCGAGCGGCUCCCUGUUUCCACGGGGGCGCGAAGCGUGAAGAGUGAAGAGAGUGUGCUAUGUGUUGUGUUGUUGGUGCUAAAUUAUUUUGAGAUUCUCUUUAGUACGUAGAUCAAUGUAAGUUCCAAGGACAUGGAGAUUUUGAUAACUAGAAGCAAACAUUAGUGUUUCACUCAGUGUUCAUGUAGCUAAGGUACUAGCGAAUACAGUGGAAUUUAAUCAA